AUGGCCACCCAGCAGGGAGGAGCUGCUGCCUCGGGGCUCCACUCCAAAGCUGUGCCAGGGCGGGAGGUGCCAGGCACCAUGAAGCUGGAGAGGCCAGAUGGAGCCAGCCCUGACCUGGGGAACAAAGUGAGGGGAACCGUCCUGUGCCGCUACGACACGGAGAUGCAGCGCCAGUGCUUCAGGGGCUUCUGCUACCAGGAGGCCGUGGGGCCAUGGGAGACUUACAGAUGUCUGUGGGAACUUUCCCAUCUCCGGCUACAGCCAGAGACUCUCACCAAGGAGCAGAUGUUAGAGCUGCUGGUUCUUGAGUGGUUCCUGAGCCUCCUGCCUGAGGAAAUGCAGAGCUGGGUGCAGGAGGGUGGCCCAGAGAGCGGUGAGGAGGCUGUGUCUCUGGCAGAGGAUUUCCAGCUCAUCCACCUACAGCCUAGGAAACAUCAGCCCCAGAUGCCAGUGACAUUUGAAGAGGUGGCCUUGUAUUUGACCGCAGCAGAGUUGGUUCUGCUGGAUGAGCAGCAGAGGGAGCUGUACAGGGACGUCAUGCAGGAGAACUACAGGAAUGUCGGCUUGCUGGGGAAGGCUCAGAUGGAACAAAAGAACGAGCUGAGUGUCCCAGGUCCCCAGGGCUCUGAGGAAAUGGAGAUCCCAAGAGGCGCCUGCAUAGCUUUUGUUGUUCCAACUGCGACUCCUUUGCUCUCCGCUCCAACUCCAUCCGCUUCAGAUCUACGGACAGGGAACCAGGUCAUGAAGACGCCCUUCUGGACGGGCGCUGCCGCGAGUACGGGGCUCGAUGCUAGCGGCUCUGGGAUCGAAUGGGAGGUCGUCACCUUCUCCCUGGUGCUGCCGAUGCUGCUGCUGAACAUCGUGUGGGCUCCUCGGCACAGCCAGCUGCUCGCCAGGCACUUGGGCUUCAGGACAGCUGCAGGGAGGGACAGAGCUCUCCCAGAGCUGAGCUCUGAGCCUGUCGUCGCCCAAUCCUCCCUCACAAGGUGCCCGGUGCUCUGCCGCGGUUCUAAGCCAUUCUCCACUUGCUGUCCCUGCCUGGAGCCCACUCUGUUGCACAGGGGCUGGGGAGCAGCUGGUUUGAUCGCCCCCAGGCUCGGUCUCUGCGCCAGCGGGGCGCCCGGCGUGGCAGCUGGGAGAAUAAAUCACCAAGAGUUACUGCUCGAGAGAGACAGGGCCCAGUCUGGGGCCAAGGGGCUGGGCAUCGGGAUGCUGAGUUCAUCCGGCUGCGCCCAGACACUCUGGGAACUUGGGCCAGUCAGAGAGGGUCACUGGCCUCAGCUCGUGCCAGCUCGUGCAGGCACUGUCCCCAGCACCACACGGGCCCAUACCGUGGAGCCACAGCAGUGCCAGGAGUCAAAAAACGUCCCCUGCACCAUGGACCAGGCACAGGGCGAGCAGCAAUUCUGGUGCCAUCACCCCCUACACCACUCUGCUCCCAUGGGGCGAGGCCAGGGGAAGUGCAGCAUCCCAUGUGCUCACCUGGUGCUGCCAUCCGGGCUUCUGGGGAACCAGCUGGAAAUCCUCUGCCAGGGCCACAGCCUCCUGGCCGCUCUCUGGGCCACGCUCCCGCACCCAGCUCUGCAUUUCCUCUGGCAGGAGGUUCAGGAACUGCUCAAGAACCAGCAGCUCCAGCACCUGCUCCUUGGUGCGGGUCUCUGGCUGCAGCCACCGAUGGGAAAGUUCCCACAGGUGGCCGUAAACCUCCCGGGGCCCCUCGGCCUCCCGGUAGAGGAAGCCCCUGAAGCGCUGGCGCUGCGUCUCCAUGUCGUGGCGGCGCAGGGCAGUUCCCUUCACCUUGGCACCGUCACCGGCCUCGCUGGCAUCCAGGCUGGCAUGGAUCUGUUGGGCUUCCCCGCCGAGGGGAGGGAGAAGUUGGGCUCCCCCCAGCCCUUUGGACCCCUGGCAGGUGUCAGUCACUCGUCUGGAGGAGGCGAGAUCAGUCUCUUUCUCCCCCCCUUCUCCAUCUCCCCUGGGGGUGCGGACUGGGCCAGGGCCCCCACCAUCUCCAGCUGCUUCUGGAAGAGCUUCUCCAGGAGCUGGGCCUGGAACUCCCGGUCCUCCCGCCGCAUCUCCCGGUCAUGCUGGAUGAACUCGGCCAGGCUCUGCCUCUCCUCCGUCCUCCAGGCACCAGUGCGCCUCGCCCGCUUCAGCUCCAGCUGGCUGCGCCCGUGCUUCUGGCUGGGUCCCCGUGGAGUCUCCAGCGGCCCAUCCUCCCGUGCCUUGCGCUUCCUGGCCCGGAGGUGCACGAGCCGGUCCAGCGCUGAGACCAGCUUCCGGGAGGCUGGUUGGGGCUCCGCCGAUGCAGAUGGGGAAGGGUCUGGAGAGAGCAAAAAAUGCAGGGCCCAGGCCUCGACCCAAGGCAGCGAGAGAUACAGGCCCGGCUCUGCCUAUUGGCUGCUGCUGCUGCUGCUGGGAGCCAAUCGACGCUCCCUCUCCUUCAUGAUUGGUCAGCCAAUAGUGGGCGAUAUCCUGGCAUCAGCGGCAUUUGCUGAGAGCUUCCGGGGCAGGCGAUGUACCCCCGCCCACGCGGGGUUCUGGCAGCGGGAUCCUCCACCAGUCCGGCCCCCUCCUGCUGCAAUGCGCCGGGACAAGCCUCAGGAGCGGGCGGCCAGCUGGCCGGCUGAUCACAUCAAGGUGCUAAUUGCCUUGUGGGCGGAGGCGGCCACCUCACAUGACCUGAGCUCGCGCGGCAGGAACAGGGUUGUCUACGAUGGCAUCUCCCAGCGCCUGGCUGAGCUGGGCAUCUACCGCACCGGCGACCAGUGCCGGGAGAAGAUGAAAGGCCUUAAGGUGACAUAUCGCAAGGCCAAAGAGAACAAUGCAGCCGGGAGGCCGCCCAUGCGUUGCCCAUUCUAUGAGGAGAUGGACCAGAUCAUGCAGCGCUGCGACAGCACCCGCUCUAGCCUCCUGGCAGAGAGUGGUGAGGGGCCCAGCGGCGCGGACAGGCAGGAGGGUACAGCUGCCUCGGAGAGCUGGGGGGCACCAUCCUUUGAGCCAUGGGAUUCCCAGGCCACUGCUGCCUUUGAGCACUGGGAGUCCCAGGCCUCGGCCUCUGACCAUUGGGGAUCCCAGGCUGCUGCCUCAGAGAGCCAGGGGGCUGAGGAGCUGGGCUACGUGCUCCCCGAGGCUCAGGCCCUGCUGGGCGAGGUGCAGGCCGUGCAGGUGAAGGAGGAGGAGGCGUCUGCAGACGAACUGCCACCUGAGCCUGACAGAAAGCAGAAGACCAGAAGUACGAAGUGCAGGCAAUUCAAUGUUUGUUGGGACCCUUCCCCAUCUGCAUCGGCGGAGCCCCAACCAGCCUCCCGGAAGCUGGUCUCAGCGCUGGACCGGCUCGUGCACCUCCGGGCCAGGAAGCGCAAGGCACGGGAGGAUGGGCCGCUGGAGACUCCAUGGGGACCCAGCCAGAAGCACGGGCGCAGCCAGCUGGAGCUGAAGCGGGCGAGGCGCACUGGUGCCUGGAGGGCGGAGGAGAGGCAGAGCCUGGCCGAGUUCAUCCAGCAUGACCGGGAGAUGCGGCGGGAGGACCGGGAGUUCCAGGCCCAGCUCCUGGAGAAGCUCUUCCAGAAGCAGCUGGAGAUGGUGGAGGCCCUGGCCCAGCCCGCACCCCCACUGCAGGAGCCAGAACCGGUGGUGCGGGAGGGAGCUGGGCUCCAGUUUCCCACUUUGCUGGAGCAAGUGCUGCAAACGCAGGCCAAGGGGCAGGAGGCCGAGGCAGCCGGCCCCGCCCCUGCAGGAGCCCCGGAGCGAGCAGGGAAAGCGCCCCCUGGUGUGCAGUACUGGACGGCAGACGAGAUCUUGCGCUGGCUGGUGCCGCAGCAGCCGCUGAUCGGGCAGCAGCCUUGGGGCGAGCGGUGUCGGGAGGGGCUGCCGGGCCCCCUGGCCUCACGGGGAGAUGGAGAAGGGGGGGAGAAUGAGUCUGAUCUCACUGCCUCCAGACGAGUGACUGACACCUGCCAGGGGCCCAAAGGGCUGGGGGGAGCCCGACUUCUCCCUCCGCUCUGUGGGAAAACCCAACAGAUCCAUGCCAGCCUGGAUGCCAGCGAGGCCGGUGACGGUGCCAAAGUGAAGGGAACUGUCCUGCGCCGCCACGACAUGGAGACGCAGCGCCAGCGCUUCAGGGGCUUCCGCUACCAGGAGGCCGAGGGGCCCCGGGAGGUUUACGGCCACCUGUGGGAACUUUCCCAUCGGUGGCUGCAGCCAGAGACCCGCACCAAGGAGCAGGUGCUGGAGCUGCUGGUUCUUGAGCAGUUCCUGAACCUCCUGCCUGAGGAAAUGCAGAGCUGGGUGCGGGAGCGUGGCCCAGAGAGUGGCCAGGAGGCCGUGGCCCUGGCAGAGGAUUUCCAGCUUGUUCCCCAGAAGCCCGGAUGGCAGCACCAGGCGCGGGUGCCAGCCCAGGAAGGGGCCAGGGAUGUCGGUGCAGCGCAGCGGGCCCUGUUGGCUGAGCGGCAGAGGGCGCCCCAGGGGGCCAGUGGCCAGGAGAACAGCUGGAACGGCGGCUUGUUGGCUGCCACGCCGGGCGCCCCGCUGGUGCGGAGACCAAGCCUGGGCGCGAUCGAGCCAGCUGCUCCCCAGCCCCUGUGCAACAGAGUGGGCUCCAGGCAGGUACAGCAAGUGGAGAAUGGCUUAGAACCGCGGCAGAGCACCGGGCACCUGCGGCAAGCAGAGAAGAACGCUGCCCCAGUGCCACGCCCAGCAGCUGGGAAGGCGACCGAGCUGUGCAGUGCUGGCCUAGGAGGGCAUAUGGGGACAGACAGAGUGCCACAGGGCAGAGCCACCAUUCAAGAGGGCAGCAGUGUCUCAGAUGCUCAGAAUGGGGCUCCGUGUGAGCAGCAGACACCUGCUAGCCUUGUGCGGAUGGAACACACCGGCUCCAAGGGUGGCAGAACCUGCAGCGCCCUGCCCAGGAAUGCCAGCUGUGUAUCCCCGGGGCUGGACGGCCCCUUGCUCGGGGCCCUCCUGGAGACGUCCUUGGACUCCCCAUGGGACAGAGAGGGCAGUGCAGACAGAAUGCCAGAGGGUGGCAUGGCCUGCACGGGGGCACCGUCCCGCUGCCUGAGCUGCACAGUACUGCGGGCUGAUCUGGACGCCACGCGGGAGGAGCUGAGAAUCACCCAAGCUUCCACCCUGUAUGGACUGAGCGGCACCCACUUGCAGGGCCUGGCUGAGGCCCUGGGCACCAUCUCGCGCAUUCUGAACGACAGGAGGCCGACGAUGACCAAACCCCCCUGGGGUGCAACUGAGAGCCCUGGCAUGGCUUUACCCCAACAGACACACCUGUCCUGAAGCCCAAGUGCCUGGCGAGCAGCUGGCCGUGGCCCACCGCCGAGGAGCCCACACAAAUGUUAAGCAUCGGCAGCACCAGGGAGAAGGUGACGACCUCCCACUCGAUCCCAGAGCCGCUAGCAUCGAGCCCCGUACUCGCGGCAGCGCCUGCAGCAGGGAGGCCUUGGACAGGACCUGAGGGGUGCUGGGCCGGCUGCCUGGGGGUGUGGGGAGCUGGAUCCAGCCGGGCCUGUGCUGAGCCAGGGCAGCUGGCGUCUCGUCACUGGAUUUUCCAGGGAGCCUUUCCUACUCGACUAGCUUUUUGAUACAGUGUCCCCAAAGCCCCCUACUUUCCCCUUCACUUCUCAGGUUGGUCUCAAUAAAGCAAUGCGCAGAGCUCCAGGCCUGGGGAUAUGGCACCUGCAAAUGGGAGGAAGCGUCUGUGUCAGGGACUCCCAAGCACACCAUGGCUCAUCCUGAUCUCCUUGGGUACAGCAGGGCAUGGUCUCAGCACCCAGCCUGCCUUUCUGGGCACCCCCUUGGUGAGGGAAGCCCCCAGCCAGAGUGCCCCACUGGCUGCUGCUGCGGGAGGGAGCCUGUCAGGGGAGUGUCCAGUUAGUUCAACCAGGAGAAUGUUCAGGGGUGACUUGAGCCCUGUCUAUAUGUACCUACGUGGGGAACAACUCUACAGCAGUGGGCUGUGCAGAGGGCCAAGAAACGUCCAACACCAUCCUGGGGCUGGAAGUUGAAGCUGGACUAAUUCAGCCUGGAAAUAAGGUCUCCGUUUUUAACAUGACAGCAAGGGACCAGUUUCCUGAGGGCAUGGUGGCUCCUCCAUUACUAUUGAUUGUAAAUCAAGAUGGGCUGUUCUAAACGCUCUGCUCUAGGGCUAAUGUUGGGGCCAUUCUGUGACCUGAGCUAUGUAGGAGGUCACAAUGAUCCCUUCUGGCCUUGGCAUUAAUGCCCCAAUGGUCGAGGGGCUGGGAUUAAAGCAGAUGACUGGGAGAAGGGGUCAGGGCCCUCUGCUGCUUCCCCAUCUCUCCCCGACAGUUAACCAUGCUCUGUGCAAAUCCAUCCCACACCAGCCACUUCGCUGGUGCUUGCUCAGACUAUGCAAGUCGUAGCAAGCCUGUCAAGUUAAGCAUGGCCCACCAACAUGUGUCGUUGUCUCUGUCGUGUUUUUCAAAGCAGAGAAGCAGGAGGCUCUGGUAGGGGGGAGGCUGGGAAAUCCCUCCGGCAGCAAGCCGGGCGUUUUGGAUGUUGCAUUAGCGGGGAGGCUGGCAAAUCCCUCCAGUGGCAGGGCAGAUAUUUUGGAUACCUUGUUGGGUGGGAGGCUGGAAAAUGCCUCCAGCAGCACAGCAGUGGUUUCUAGACAAUCCAUUACCUGGGAGGCUGGGAAAUCCCUCCCCGGGCAUAGCAGGCAUUUGGGACGUUGUAUUAGCAGGGGAGAUGGGAAAUCCCCCCAGUGGCACAGCAGGCAUUUCAGAGGCCGUGUUCCAGCAGCACAGUGAGUGUUUUGGAUGUCACGUUAGUGGGGAGGCUGGGAAAUCCCUCCAGUGGCAUGGUGGGUGUUCUGGAUGUCACUUCAGGUGAGAGGCUGGGAAAUGCUGGGUGUAUCGGAUGCUGCACUAGCAGGGAGGCUGGCACAGCAACCAUUUAGAACAUUGCACCCUGUGACUGGUCUGUGGUGGCAGGGGAGAAUGCACCACAUUUAUUUCAGGGAUGCCAUUGGCUCCGUGUGCCAGAGGAGUAUCACCCAUGUGUGGGACAGUAGGGGGAAGGGACCCCUGGGGCUCUGCCAGAGGAACAUCAGAGAGUUCCUUUGGUUCCAGCUCUCUCCAGCCCAGGUCACUUCCCCCUUGCGGCUGCAGUGGGGAGUUCACCGACCCACGUGGGUCAGAGCAGGGAGGACACACCCACCUGGCUCCCCACCUGGCUCUCGGCCCCGCUGGUUGCACAGUGGGAGAUCUCUUAGCCAGUGCUGGGGUUAACGCCAGAUGUCGGCUGCCUCAGAGCCAGCAGCUCUCCAGCCGGCACCUUCCUUCCUGGGGCCUUUGCCUGGAUUAGGGACUGCUGGAGGGAGCGUGCUGGCCCAGGACUCUGCCUCCUACUUGCCUGGCACUGGGUCCUUGGCUCUAGGUGCGUGGGGCAGAGUUUAGGACCAGUCAUUACUAUGCCAGCCUGGCCCAGUGAAGGCUUGCAGAGAGAUGCUCAUGUGGGCCUGUAGCACCCCUCUGGCCCACCUGGGCUUCACAGCCAGAGAAUGCCCAGGCUGGAUUGGCCACAGGGUUCAGAUGAAGGGAGACAUCCUAGCGCUCUGCUAACUGGUGGCUGCUAACCCCUUCCCCCCCCCCCCCCCCCCCGGACUCGAGGAGCUGGAGACGUGGCUGGUGAGGGAGAGUUUCUCUAAUCCAGCGGCAGGGUAACGUCUGACCCUGACCCCGGGUGGAGUGGAACUGGGCAGGGCAGGGGAGCCCAGCCAAGUGGGGUGGUAGGCCUUGGUGUAGUGCAGGAGGGCCUAGCCAGGCAUGGUGGGGCUGGUUCAGAUAAGUGAAGGGCAGGAACUAUUUUUCCACCCUCAGAUAAUACUUGGCUCCCCCCAACCCCCCACCGCUGCUCUGCUCCCAGAACAUCUGGGGGCAACUGCAGCACGUGGAGACAGGCAUGGAGCCGCGGAACUGCUCAGUGUGGGUGCACCCUGGAGGAAUUCCCCAGGGCUCCAAACAGGCAUAUGAAGUCUGCACAGCUUCACUGCCUGGGACACUCCACCUAGCACAGACAGGUCCCUCCCUGACCCCCUGUAGUCCCCAGAAGGAGCCAAAGUACCCCUGUGGCCCCUGGGGGGACGACGACGUGGCUCUGCGUACUGCACCUCUGUGCAAACACUGCCCCACAGCUCCCAUUGGCUACAGCUCCCCAUUCCCAGCCAAUGGCAGCUGCGGGGGCAGUGCUUGCAGGCAGGAGCAGUGCAUGGAGGGAUACCCCUGCCCCACACUGGCCGGGGCAGGCAGGGAGCCUGUCUUAGCGGCAGCCCUGCUGGGCCGCUGGAGAUCGCAAUUGACUGGGAGAUCCUCUAGGAUUGACCAGUCGAUCACGAUCAACUGAUUGGUGACCACUGCUUUAGAGGUUCAGGCUUCUCCCAUGAACAAAUGAGCCAAGGAAGCAGCUUAGCAAAAUAAACAAACCUACUCUACUAUUUACAUUAGGAGGAUAAUUGAUGCUGAAUACUGCAGCUGACAGAAUGUGAUAUAAACAAGUAUCGCACAGAUAAAAUAUUUCACUGCAAUGUUUUCCACAGAAAUUGAAAUUAGAGGGUGUGUUCAAAAAUACAGGGGGAGGGAGGAGGACUGAUGAGGGGUAAGACUGUUAGGGCAAAGGUGGGCUGUAUGGCACCAUACUGAAAAAUGUUUUACGACCAUUUUAUUAGAUUUAACUCAUGUUUUUAAAUCACACAAAUUAAAGUUGGCUGUCCAAGCCUACUAUGAAGCACUAUUUCUACA